UUUGGAUGUCAAAAACUCGUUUCUUAAAGUUCCCAAGUGCCCGGAUCUGGUGGAUGAUCCCUUGUGAGUUUGGACCCAGAGGUGCUUGGCUGAUGUCACACAUCCCACUGCCAAUCCCUUCCAAUCUCAGCUCUGUUCUUUUAUAGCAUCGAGUUGAACAGGCGUCUGUAGCCCCGUGUGAGAGAGAGGCAGGCUCGCUGUACAGACACAGGAGAAAUGGCUUUGCCAAAGACAGUUACCAUUGUAGCCCUUUCCAUUGCUCUGGGGCUCUUCUUUGUGUUCAUGGGAACCAUCAAACUCACCCCAAGACUGAGCAAAGAUGCGCACAGUGAAAUGAAACAAGCCUAUAAAAGUUACGCCAAGGCUCUCCCGGCGUUGAAGAAGAUGGGCAUCAGCUCCGUUCUGCUGCGGAAGAUCAUUGGCUCGGUGGAGUUGGCAUGUGGCAUUGUGUUGACCCUGGUUCCAGGGAGGCCAAAGGACGUGGCCAAUUUCCUCCUCCUCCUGGUCAUGCUGGCCGUUCUCUUCUUCCACCAGCUAGUGGGGGACCCCCUCAAGCGCUAUGCCCACGCCUUGGUCUUCGGGAUCCUGCUAACCUGCCGGCUACUCAUCGCCCGCCAGACAGAGGAGCGGGCAGACAGCAGCGAAAGCAGGAACGGACAGGUGGACUCACAGGAACAGAAUAAAGUGAAGGUGUCCUAGUCUCCAGAGCCCCGGCCUGAGCCCUGCUGAGACGAGGCACGGCAGUCAUUGAAAGAGACCAUCAAAGUGAAGCUGCAGCUUUCCCGUCCGGCAGACUGCUGUCAAUUUCUCCAGAUAUGUAAUUCUCCCCUGAACAGUUAAAACAGCUUAACUCUCCUAUUGUAAGAACAUCUUACCACCUUCCUAUAAAAAAAGACUUUUAAAGCUG